CCACUACCGCCUUCUUCCCCACAAGAGGCGCGAGAGAGCGAACGAGAGAGGGAGGGGGAGGGAACUGGCGUUGUGCAUCGCUUCGCUUCCAUCGCCGGCGUUGCAGAAAGGUUGAGCUCGGGGCUGCCACGCCACACAGAGAGAGAGAUGGGGGAGGAGGAGAAGAAGCCGGAGGAGGGGAAGAAGGAGGAGAAGCCGAAGGAGACGGAGGAGAAGAAGGAGGAGGCGAAUGCGGAGGAAGGGAAGAAGGAUGACGGCGGCGGCGGAGGAGGAGGAGGGGCGGGGGAGAAGAAGGAGGGCGGUGGGGGGGACGAGAAGAAGGGGGAGGCGGCACCACCUCCCCUUCCACCGGAGGAGAUCGUGAUGCAGGUUUACAUGCACUGCGAGGGCUGCGCUCGGAAGGUGAAACGCAGCUUGAAGGGAUUCGAAGGAGUGGAGGAGGUGAAGACGGACUGCAGGAUCCACAAGGUGGUGGUGAAGGGGAAGAAGGCGGCGGAGGAUCCGUUGAAGGUGGUGGAAAGAGUCCAGAAGAAGACGGGCCGCAGGGUGGAGCUUCUCACUCCCCUGCCGCCGCCCAAGCCGGAGAAGAAGGAAGAGGAGAAGAAGGAAGAGAAACCGAAGCCGGAGGAGAAGGAGGAGGAGCCACCAGUGAUAGCAGUGGUGCUUAAGGUCCACAUGCAUUGCGAGGCCUGCUCCCAGGAGAUUAAGAAAAGGAUCCUAAAGAUGAAAGGGGUCCAGUCAGUGGAGCCGGAUCUGAAGGCUGCGCAGGUCACGGUGACCGGGGUGGUCGACCCGGCGAAGCUGGUGGAGUACGUCUACAAGCGGACGGGGAAGCACGCGGUGGUCGUGAAGCAGGAGCCGGUGGAGAAGAAGCCGGACGACGAGAAGAAGGCCGCCGACGGCAAGGACGGCGGCAAGGACGAGAAGAAGGCCGACGCGGGCGGCGAGAAGGCCGAGGGGGAGAAGAAGGAUGAGAAGGAGGGCGGUGGAGACGGUCGAGAGAAGGAGAAGGAAAACGAGGGCACCGGUGGAGCGGCGGAGGACGCUGCGGCGGCGGCCGUCGGCGGCGCCGCAAAGGUGGUGGAUUUGAUGAAGAACGAGUUCUACUACUACUAUCCGAGAUACGGGGUGGGAUACGCGUACCCCCCUCACUCUUAUCUCCCUCAGGCUUAUCCUUACCCCCCUCAGAUCUUUAGCGAUGAGAACCCCAACGCGUGUACUGUUAUGUAAAAAUGGAGAAUGUCGGGGGGUGGGUGAGAUAAAAAUUUCUUUGCGGUAUCUACCCCGGCAAACAUAUAAUUAGAAAUAAGUAUCUCUUUUUGAGGUCUUUUUUUUUUUUUGCCUCUCUCCCAUGUAAGUAUUCUGUCUUUUUUUUCCCUUUCCUUUUGCCCCCUUUCUUAUCUCCUUUCAUCUUUAUCUCGUUAUUUUAUGAGAAAAAUCUGUUUGGCGAAUUGUAGAAUUUGGAUAUUUGUGCUUUCUUUCCAGUGAUAUGUUAGUUAAGCUCUAGUUGGUCUCUUUGGGCUGGUAUUUUGUGUAAGAAAUUUUUUACUAGUUCCAAGUUUUGGUGGGAAGCUUCU